AUGUCGAAGAACACCACACCAACGUCUCCCUCGCCCGCCAACGGCAGCGGCGAAAACCCAUUUUUCGACCAACUACGACCCUCACCAGACCUUUCCGCCGCAAACUCAACGUCAGCGGCAUCAAGCCGCCCCGGAAGCGCCAGCGGUGAACGUACAACUCCCCCAGUCGCUGCUGCCGUACGGUCAAGUCACAGAGUGCGAUUUGGGUCUGGUGAAGCUUUGGAUGAUCUGAAUAACCGGUACACGUUCAGCCUGCGCUCGCACGAUGACGCACCAAAGAAUCCUGUGGCAGCAGCAGCACACCAGCAACAGCAGGGCGUCCCACAGACUCCUCCAAUCACGUUAACGUCGCCGAGCAAUUCGCCAUCCGGGAGAAUUUACCCGCAGACAGAGUACUUCACAGCACCAAUUGACGUGGAUUCCAUUGGAAAUGCGUCUGUAAAGGAAAAGCCCUCCCCAUUGAGGGCUCCACCAAGAGCUUACAGUUUUGGGAACGAUGAUGAGCUUGAGAUGAAUGAAAAAUACGACCAGUUUCACGCGAAGGAGCAGCUCACGGCAAAAGAGAGAGCCGCUAGACUUUCAAGAAUUGGAAGUUUCUCUGCCCCGGGAUCAGCACAAACAUCGCCCAUUCUUAGCCCGAGUAACCCGCUUAAUACAUACAGUGUUGGAGCUGGACAGGUUCAGGGUGGUGUUCCGGUCGAUGAUAUUCCAUUGUUGGAUCUUGGGGCUACCAUUACAGAUACCGCCGUGGACGGAAAGGCAGACCGACCAAAAAUUAGGGCAACAAAAGAGGCCCAUGACCUCGUCAGGCAGCACACACAAAGGGGUCCGGCUGGUGUAUUGAGGCCAAUGAUGCCCAGAAGAAGUACAGAAUCAGGAUUUGAGCCUAGGUCAGGAGCAGUUACACCAGUCGCUCUCCAGCACGAGGACUACGUGAAGCCACCGGAGCAAUUUCGUGGGGGUAUUUUGAGCAGCUUGUUGAAGCUAUACAACCCGGCCCAAGCAAGCUCUAACACAUCUCAUUAUGCACCAAGUAUUGCAAGUACAGCUGGCAGCCCAACAGCCUCCGGAAGGACAACACCAAAAUGGUACAACAAGAGCGCAAAUACCUCAUCGACGUCGCUCGGACUUCUCGCGGCAUCAGGAGCAAUAGCAUCGCCGGCUGCCGGCUCAUCGGCGGGAAAAAACGUACGCCCGAAACCGAAACAUAGGCCACACAGCGGUGGCGUUGUGGGUGCGAUAAAGAAUUUCUCAAAGGCGAAUGCAAACCUGGAAAAUGAGAUUAAGAUCACUAUUCACAUUGCCGAGACUUUGGCGAGACAAAAGUAUAUUCUGAAGCUUUGCAGGGCAUUGAUGCUUUAUGGUGCCCCCACACAUCGCCUGGAGGAAUACAUGAAGAUGACGUCUCGUGUUCUCGAAAUCGAUGGCCAGUUCUUGUAUAUUCCGGGGUGCAUGAUUGUCUCCUUUGGUGACUCGUCGACACAUACUUCCGACAUGCAGAUUGUCCGAACCAAUCAGGGAGUUGAUCUAGGGAAGCUUCAUGAUACACAUCUGGUUUAUAAAGAGGUUGUCCACGACAUUAUCGGCGUCGAGGAGGCAACCCAAAGGUUGAAUGAUGUCAUGAACAGGAAGCCUAAGCACAACCCAUGGACCUUGGUUCCAGUAUACGGUAUUGCAAGUGCCGUGGUGGGACCAUUUGGUUUCAAGGCUAGACUCAUUGACAUGCCAAUUCUGUUCCUUCUUGGAUGUAUUGUUGGAUUCUUGCAACUCGUCGUGGCCCCAAACUCGGAGCUCUACUCUAAUGUUUUUGAGAUCUCGGCUGCUAUCUUGACAAGUUUCCUCGCAAGAGCUUUCGGUUCCAUUCGAGGAGGUAAAGUGUUUUGUUUUUCGGCACUGGCGCAGGCUUCAAUCGCAUUGAUAUUACCCGGUUACAUCAUCUUAAUGGGCUCACUAGAGCUUCAAUCAAAAAAUAUAGUCGCUGGAUCUGUUCGAAUGUUUUACGCUAUCGUUUACUCCCUCUUUCUUGGUUUCGGUAUCACCAUUGGAUCUGCUUUGUACGGCCUUUUCGACGAGAAUGCCACAUCGGCGACAACAUGCGAGAAUCCCCUGCCUUGGCAAUAUAACUUCUUGUUUGUGCCGCCAUUCGCAUGGUGUCUCCUGACGGCCAACCAAGCCCGCUGGAAGCAAGCCCCAGUUAUGAUCGCUAUCGCUACGGCUGGGUACGUUGUGAAUUUCUUCUCCAGCCGGAGAUUUGCCUCUCAGCCUCAGGUAUCCAACGCAAUGGGCGCUUUCACCGUUGGUAUACUCGGAAACAUGUACUCCCGUGUUGGGCACGGACUCGCCUUCGCUGCGAUGUUGCCAGCCAUCUUUGUACAGGUUCCUUCUGGUCUCGCCGCUCAGGGGUCUUUGGUUUCUGGUAUCCAGAACGCAAACCUAGUCAUCAAAAACAACGGCACCGCCUCGCAAAGCCAGUUUUCGAGCGUGGUGAUGGAUAUGGGUUUCUCGAUGAUUCAGAUCGCGAUCGGGAUCUCGGUGGGGUUGUUUGCGGCUGCACUGGUGGUGUAUCCGUUCGGAAAGAAACGAUCAGGGCUUUUUAGCUUCUGA